GAGCCCUUUCUAACAUUCACACAGAACCCAGGCACAUCCUGCUCCCCGAUGCAGAAGACUUCGGAGGUUGCCUCGACGCCGCCUGAAAUGCCUGGUCUCACCCCGAUCAACAAUUAUCUACUGCUCCAUUCAUACGGAGCCCUCGACGAUCGCGGCCGCAUCAUCCCCAGCCCCGCUCUACUCCAGCAAUGGCCAAUGCUAGCAGAUCGUCAGCUCUGGCCCUCACCCAAAGAGGUGGCCGUCCAGUCCGAGCGAACAGGCACCAACAUCCCUCUUCUAGCCGCCUUCGCUGCUCGCGAGUUCUUCGAGUACGGCUACCAGAACUUCGCGGUCGCCGUCAUUGGCAACCUUCCUCCUUGGACGCUCGCUUAUCCCAUAGGAAACCGCACCCCACUCGACUUGAUGAACGACGGCCCGCCAAUCUCCGAAGGAAUGGCACUUCUGUGGUUGUCCAUGGCGUGGUAG